AUGGAAGAAGAGGUGAAGAGCAAGGGUGAAGAGGAAACGUGGGUGGUGGAAAGCAAAGAAUGGUACCUGCUAUCUUAUGCUCCGAACGGUGUUCCGACCACCGAUCAUCUCAAACUCCGCACUGUGCGUCUGUCACUACAGCCUGAAUCAAUCCCUCAUGCCCAUCUUGCCAUUGAAACGUUGAUUCUCUCUAUAGAUCCAUAUCUACGUUCCAGAUUCACUGGCAACUUAGAUGGCCUUUAUUUUCCACAGUUUCAGCUCGAUCAGGUAAUCACGAUAUUUGGGAUUGGAAGAGUUAAACUAUCAAACGACAGUGAAUAUAAAGAUGGGGAUCUUGUUUUGAGUGCAAAUUUUCCUGUUGCUGAGUAUUGCAUCAUGCCCUCUAGUGAGAUCCUCGAAAAAAUUGAUGCUGCAAGUGGGAUUUCAUUGCCGGAUUAUCUAAGCUCUCUAGGAGUACCUGGGUUUGCAGCAUGGUUGGGGAUAGAGGUGGUGGCAGACCCCAAACCUGGCUCAAAUGUGUUUAUAUCUGCGGCUUCUGGUGGGGUGGGAAUGAUCGCCGGUCAAUUGGCUAAGAUCAGAGGUUGUAGGGUUAUCGGAAGCACAGGAUCUGAUGAAAAAGUAAGCCUUCUAAAAGCGUUAUUUCCUGAUGGUAUUGAUGUCUACCUUGACAACGUUGGCGGGAAAAUUCUUGAGUCUGUACUGAAUCACGUGAACAAGUAUGCCAGGAUACCACUUUGUGGGAUGAUAUCUCAAUAUAACCAGCAACUGGUGGUGCAGGUUUGGACAGAAAGAUAUGGUGUGAGGAAUCUUUUGAAUAUGGUGGGCAAGGAAGUAAGGAUGGAAGGCUAUUUGCUGAAUUUCAAUCGUUUCGGAGAGUUUGCAAAAGAAAUGGGGGGACACAUAAAAGAAGGAAGAGUUAAGUCCAAGGUUAAAAUAAACAUUGGAAUUGAGACCUUUCUGGAUAGCUUGAACUCCUUAUUUACUGGUUCUAAUGUUGGAAAAGUAGUUAUUCAAGUGAAGGCUUAA